CCUAUCCCACAUGCACAUAAUAAGUUUUUGUCUAAGAAUUGUUCAGAUAUUUAAUUUUUUUGGAACCAUUGCAAGGUUGUUAUGUUUUGUAGUCCUUUGGUGCAACACCUCUACAUUUUUUUUUUUUUUUUUUAUGAUUAAAAACUGUAUGUUGAACUACAAAAUUGUAGAAAAUUAUACAAAUAUGUCUUGCUAACUGCUAAUGACAGGUUAGUACCGAAUAGCAAAGACAUUAACUGACACAAAAGGCUGAAACAUGCUUUGUACUGUCACACAAGAAGACAAAGAUGUCACACAAGAGGACAAGGUCUCUUUUAAAUAAUUAAAUAAGAUUUGUUUUGUUUGCUCAACAAAAUCAUCUGUGAUUGGUUAUAAUGUUCAAUGCUGAAAAACUGCGAAAAAAGAAAUCUGAUGCCACAUGAGCAGAUAUAAAUUCUAGCCUUUUCAUUUCAUUUUAAAUAACUUUAACAGCCCCUAAUACAUUUAAUUUAACUGUGCAAGGGUAUUUUUGUCCAAUAUGGUGGUAUUUUUGCUCAUAGCGUCCGUUUAUUUCUACCACAGUCAGGGCCGUCGCUAGUGGGGUGCAAGAUGGUGACGAUUAUAGGGGGCCAUGGUUGAGGGGGCCCCCCCGGCGAUCUCAACUGACUGGCUGAGGCCAGACUGAAAAGACGCUCAUGAUGCGGGAAAGCUCAACUGAAUAGCUGGUUACUCACACACUGUGUUCGGUGCGCAGAGAACUUCUCACGGAAGUUCGCAUUCUCCUGCACCUGAACGAACAAAUACAAAUCGCAGUUUAAACAAACAGGAAAAAAGAUGUGAAAGAGCCCAAUUCAGGUCUGAUGUUCAGGGCGCACGCAGAGAAGUGUCUAAAACCAUUUAACCAACCGGCCUCUUCUUGCUUUUGUACUGACAAACUAGUUCAUUUAUGUAAGUGAGGAUAGCAAAAUGAAGCGAAGUGUGACAUAUUAUACCCAAACCUUCUUCAUACUGUACUACCAGUGAAAUUUAUUUAAAAAAAAAACCAUUCAUUUCCUUUUUGGGACUAUUUAACAUGUGUCAGCUUGUUACUUCACUGUGAAGUACUGCCAGUUAACCUGCCUUACCAAGUGUUUUCCUUGUGAGUAUUCUCACUGCCUGUUUGUUCACGAUUCUGCCUAUUACCUCGUUCACGUCUCUUGGAUUGCCCCUUUGGAUUUACUGUUUGAUUGGACUAAUGUUUGUAUUUGACCUGUUUGCCUGCCUACUCGUCUCUGCCUACUGGAUAACCCCUGUGUAUGUUGAAAGAUCGGACUGCCCUUACGGUAUUCGUUACACAUGACCACAGGUCUCAAUUCCCCUCAAACACUUUCCGUCUUUGCUCCUAGUCCUCCAAAACCAUUUUUGUAAGUACAUGCUUUGUUUGUAACAGCACUAUUUUGGUUGUUUUUUUUUUUUCUUCUAAAUAAUUCUAAGUGAUUUAUUUUAAUGAAAAAAUGUGAUAGGUGGCUGCUGUUCGUCAGUUAUGUGGAUCUUGUGGUUAAAAUACCAAGGGAUCAAAGAUGGACCACAUAAUGAGACUGAGGAGUGAGAUGAUAAACAGGUCAUUAUAUGACAAAAAUUUUCAGAACCUUUGCUUUGCAUCAGGUGGCUCUGCAGUUGUUAUGUGCCCCUGUGGUGUCGUGUACACCAUGAAAGUCUUAAUAAAAGAGUAAAGUCUAAAGGACAUCACUGACCUAUUGCUGUACUGGAAACACCUUGCUAACAUAACAAUAUAUGACUUUGCGAGAGGACUGGCCUCUCAUGCCAAUCUCCAUAAUCCAGACAUAAUUCCCUUCAGCCCACAUGAGGGUCAGCUUUUGGAGCCAAAUGAAGCCGAUAUUGCAGCAGCGGAAGAGGGAAGACUUAGAGUUUCAUUUGAAUGCCUUAAAAAGAAAAAGAAGCCUGUUGAUGUGAUUGGGCAUCCAUUAACUGGCUCAUCUGAACACUAUGUACUUUACGACAGAUAUCAUCAAAACAACACAAAAGAUUCCUGUGAUAAACUUUGUAAAAUACAGCUUGUGCCUGAGUUGGCUGGAAGUUUAAAAUUUUCAAUGUGCUGAGAAGUUUUUUUCUUAAAUGGGAAAAAAACAACUACUUUCUAAAUGUUAUGAAGCCAACAAACCACUUGUUCCUCAUGCGAAACCUGUUGCACCAUUACAAUGUUGCAAUAACCACUAGGUUUGCUGAUCAACUUACCAAGCAUGUUGGUUGCACUCAGGUAGUCCUGAACAAGCAUGGCCAAGCACUUUCAGGGAGUUCAUGUAAAAGCACAAUUAAAGUGUAUGAUGAGCCAAGUACACAAAAGGUGGCUGUGAAGAAUGUCUGAAGAAUGUAAUGUCAAACAAGACCUGCUGGAAACCAUUCAGUGAAGCAAUGGAAGAAAAGCUCACACAUGAUAGACACACAGAAAAAUGAGAGGGAACAUGUGGCACGUGUUUAUUCUACCACCCUCAAGAUUUUCAGACAUUGGGAUUGCAGCGCAAUGUGGAGGCAACAGUAAGGAUCAUCUUAAGACAUAAUCUGAUCAUUAAUAAUUGUUUGUUGUUGUUUUUAAAAUAAAAAAAUAUAUGCUAUCCAAGAAAAGCUCAUUACUCAUUUACAUUAUUAACAUGCUAUGAUAACUAUAAUGUCCAUAACAAGGUGGAAUAUUUUCAUGGCCAGUGUCUGAACAGUUCACCCAUAAUUAUUAUUUUUUUGAGUCUCCAAAUUUGUUAAACAUGCCACUAUUUUGGUAGAAUGCAUAAAACAUAAAAAUCAUAUAACUUUUUUAGAAAACACUUAUGAAGCCAAAUUGUUACCGCAUACCAUGAAUAACCCACAUAUUAUGUAUAUAAAUAGUCUAUAAAGUAAUGUUAGUUCAUUAUAAAGCUCUAUUUUUUAUUUGUUAUUCCGAAUUGUGCUACUGUAAAUUUGCCAUUCAUAAAGGUAAAUUUAUGAAUAUAACGUUACCUGUUGUAUUUUCGGAAAAACGACUAGAAAUUAAGAAAUAGCCUUCUCACCUCGAGUUGUUUAUGAAGAACAGAAAGUCCAUACUUUUCUCUACUUUUCACCCAUUAUUUAUUGGACGUCACAAGCAUAGCUGCCACAAAGAAAACAAUUUUAUCCCCAAUAUCCAUAUUUUUAUGAAUCGCGCGAAACGUAAUGCUCGCGAUGCGUCAGAGUUUGUAAAAUCGUAGUGAAUUCGUGUGUAACUGUCUCCGUAUGAUUUUCGGUUAAACUCAAUCGUGACGUGCGCGGGUUCACGAAGUUCCGACCUUCAGAAUCGCACCGUGUACUGUACGGCCUUUAGAGAUCAUUAGCGCUAUCGAAGUCUUGCAGGGUUGCCAGGUUUUCACAGCAAAACCCUCAACAAUUGCUACUCAAAACUAGUCCAAGCUUUUGAGGGGCGAUCCCCCGGUAAAGUUCGCGUUCCAGGGGGUAAAAUACAUUUUUUUUUUGGUGGGGUCCCCCUGGUAAAACUCGCAUUCCAGGGUUAAAUAUCACGUCAUUGGUGUCGCUUCUACCCUCGAACAUUAAACACAGCCCGUGGCAACAGUGUAAUGGUUUUCGCGGACUUGGCAACACUGAUGUGUCGGCCGCUUGGGGUAAACAUUCCGUUUCUAUGGCAACUGUGGAACUUCAACGAGACUAGCCGUUUGAUUACGUCAUAGAACAGGCUGCUUAUAAAGAGCUGCGCGCUCGCAGAAGUUCUGAAGUUCAGUGAUAAUCCGAGCCGAGGCGAAGAGUCACCGAGCAAAGAAUCUAAGCGAAGUCUACGAAUACUGAGUACAGUCCAGACUACAGAUGGGCCAUAUUUAGUGUUUAUGAAAACAUACAGUUUAUACACACUGUCUGUAGUCUCACUCACAGUGUGUGUCAGAUACAGUUUGACAACAAUAUCUAACAGCUACUAAAUAGAGUACAUCAGAAAUCAUGUCCACAGACUCCACACAAAAGAGAGAUGUGCAGCUGAAGGCUGAUAUCAGCAGCACUGUCUCAGAGAAUGGAAAUGAUCAGAGUGGCAUGAAUAUUUCUCCUGCAACCAAUGAGAAGACCAGAUCAACAGUGAGGAAGAGCAACAAAACCUCUGCAUUCCUCCGAAGAACAUGGAAGGCUGUGAAAAAAUCCUUUCAGAAAAACAGAGUGGAUCCCUUUGGAGUCUCAGCACAGCCUGAUCCAGAGCCAUCGUGUGUCCCAGAUCCUGAAGCAGAAGAUACAGUGGACCUGGUUGAUGAAGAACAAUUGUGUGCUGAAGGCCAAAGUGGUGCUAAACUUCAAGUGACAGCAGAAACUCCCAAAACUCAAGUGACAACAGACUCCACACAAAAGAGAGAUGUGCAGCUGAAGGCUGAUAUCAGCAGCACUGUCUCAGAGAAUGGGAAUGAUCAGCGUGGCAUGAAUAAUGAAAAGACCAAAUCAAAAGUGAUGAAGAGCAACAAAAUCUGUGCAUUCUUUCAAACAAGAUGGAAGUGUGUGAAAAAAUCCUUCCAGAAAAGCAGAGUGGAGCCUAUUGAGAUCCCAGCACAGCCUGAUCCAGAGCCAUCGUGUGUCCCAGAUCCUGAAGCAGAAGCUGAAGUAGAUCUGGUUGAUUCACAUCGUGUCCCAGAUCCUGAAGCAGAAGCUGAAGUAGAUCUGGUUGAUUCACAUCGUGUCCCAGAUCCUGAAGCAGAAGCUGAAGUAGAGCUGGUUGAUUCACAUCGUGUCCCAGAUCCUGAAGCAGAAGCUGGAGUAGAUCUGGUUGAUUCACAUCGUGUCCCAGAUCCUGAAGCAGAAGCUGGAGUAGAGCUGGUUGAUGCACAUCAGUUGUGUGUCGCAGGUCCAAAUGGUCAUGAACCUCAAGUGAAAACAGAAACUCAAGUGACAACAGAGUUGCCAAUGUUACAUAAUGUCCUUCUAAACAUUUUCCAACUGGAGCGUCGCAUGUGCAAAUGUAGAGUUAUGUGGACACCUAUCACUGAGGUCUGGCCCAGUGUCUUCAUGGGAAAUGAGGAGACAGCAAUGGACCGAGUCAAACUGAAGGAGAUGGGUAUUACUCACAUCCUGAACACUGCGGCAUACAAGGAAUAUCCAGAAGGAAAGAUUAAUACAAAAGCGGAAUAUUACCAAGAAAUGACCAUCUCUUACUACGGCGUGCUUGUAACGGAUGAACACAGGUUUGACAUCAGCAAGGACUUAUUCCCAGCUUCAGAAUUCAUCCACAAGGUCCUGAGUAACACAGAAAAUAAGUUGUUAGUGCACUGCAUAGAUGGUGUCAGCCGCUCUGCCACAUUUUUUCUGGCGUACCUGAUGAUCCACCAUGAAAUGUUGUUGGAGGAUGCCAUCGACCACGUCAUAGACAAGAGAUGGAUCAGGCCAAACAGGGACUUCUUGAAGCAGCUGAUAACCCUCAAUUCAAACCUCGUAACACAGGGGAAACUACAGCUAAGAAAACCCAUAAACACAGAUAAAACAAAAAACGGAGAGGACGGAGAGGACGCAGUUGCGCCCCCUGUUCCAGAACCAUUGUGUGAGCCAGGUCCGAGCAAACCUAAACCAGAACCUCAAGUGACAAAAGAGCUUUCAGUAUUAGAAAGUCAUGUCUCUCUAAGUGUCCUUCAACUCCAGGAUCGCGUGGAUGAAUAUACACUGUACUGCACACCUGUCACUGAGGUCUGGCCCAAUGUCUUCAUUGGAAAUGAAGAGACGGCAAGAAACCGAGCCAAACUGAAAGGGAUGGGGAUUACUCACAUCCUGAAUGCUGCGGCAGUGGAGAAGAGCUUGAAGGUCUUGUCUGAAAUUCCAAGCAAGAAAAGCCUAAAAGGAAAGGUCAAUACAGGAGAGGCAUAUUACCAAGGCAGGAGCAUCAAUUACUAUGAUGUUCCUGCAGAAGACAAAUGCUCAUUUAACAUCAGCGAGUACUUCUUCCCAGCCGCACAGUUCAUCCACCAGGCCCUGAGUAACCCAGAGAAUAAGGUGUUGGUGCACUGCAAAAAGGGUCUCAGCCGCUCUGCCACACUUGUUCUGGCAUAUCUGAUGAUUUACCAUGACAUGAUGGUGGAGGAUGCCAUUGACCAUGUCAUGGAGGCGAGAGACAUCAGGCCCAACAUAGGCUUCUUGAAGCAACUGACAAUCCUCAAUUCAAACCUCAAAAGUCAGCGGAUACUACAGUUAAAAAAACAGAUCAAAGUUGAAAAAGAAACGGAUUAAAAACACUUGAUGCAAAAUAAAAACAAAUAUGUAAAACAGUUUGUCUAAAUUUUAUUAAAUUGAGCAUUAUUUCUUAAGUCCUGUGGAGUAACAUCAUGUUAAUAAAGCAAUAGAAAUACACACGUAGUACAAACUAAAAAUAAAAAAGUGAAGUAACACCUCGCCUGCACAAGAUGUAAGUGCCUCUUCAAAAGCACAUAGAACGAAUUACUUUCAGUCAUAGACAGUCAAAAUUUGACCUACUCCAAACCUACUAUAAGUAUUUUUUUUAAAGUAGUAAACCUACGUUAAGUGGGUUUGGAGUAACGUCAUUAAGUACCUGAAAUGUUGCUGAAAAUGUCAAUAAACAAUAAAUAAAUAAAGUCUU